CUCAAGCUGACGGCGUGGGGGCGGCAGUACGGGGACGUCUUCACCGUCAGGAUGGGGAUGGAAGAUGUGGUGGUUCUGAACGGCUACACUGCCGUCAAGGACGCGCUCGUGGACAGGUCCGAGCUGUUCGCCUCCAGGCCGCCAAUGUACCUGCUUGAUGCGAUGGUUGAUUUUGGAAAAGACAUAAUUACUGCGCGCUGGGGACCUGAGUUCAGACAGAGAAAGAAGUUUGCCACCGCCGUCAUGAGAAAACUGGGCAUGAAGAUCGGAACUGGCAGCAUUGAGGAGAAAAUCCGAGAGGAGGCGAGCUGUCUCCGCAACAGG